CGGAUGUUGUAAAUUUUCAACGCAUCCUUAAGUAUGUCCUCCACAGCUACCAUCAGGAGGUGAAGAAAGUCAUAGAUGCGGCUCAAGGUAGCUGGGAAAGGCUCAAGGAGGGGAUGCAGAGGAAAUACCGUCUGGGAGACGGGUUGUUGACUACCACGGACCUUGAAGCGAUGAACAAAGAGGAUUUUACGACUAUAGGGGCCUUUGUUCAAGAAUUUAAGAAGAGGGCGCGGAAGGUCCAUGGGAUUUCGGAGGAAGCACAGUGCGCCAUCUUCCCGGGGCUACUCACAGCAUCGGAGGCCAUCGAGUUGACAAAACAUGGAGGAGGUAGCACAAAGUUCACCUGGGCCACCAUUGACAGAGGGGUGGAAGUUGGGUGUUUGGACCAGGUGGAACAACGUCAGGUACGCCUGCAAAGACAUAAGAGAAAGGAAAGGGAUGCGACCGCUUCUGGGACCCCAGGAGUAACAAGGAUUGUUACAGACGUAUUGGCACAGCUAGGUUAUCCGACAGAGCCGGUGGUGCAAAGGAGGGUGGUGACGGCUGUUAAAGUAAAAGGAAAAGAGCCAGUGAUAGAGGAGGCUGGUCAGGAGGAGCUCUGGGAAGAGGAAGAGCCGGUGCCGCAACACCUGACGAAGGUCCAGCGCAAAGUUUCACAGGGCAGUGUUGUAGGAGGUGGUAACCAGGGGCAGGGCAAUCAAGGCAAUGGAGGGAAGGGUGGAGGAAAGGGGCGAGGCAGGAAUGACGGCGGAAGAGGAAGGCAAUGGAAUGGCCAAGGCCAGGGGUACCAAGGCCAAGGGAGUCAAGGCCAGGGGUACCAAGGCCAAGGGAGUCAAGGCCAGGGGUACCAAGGCCAAGGGAGUCAAGGCCAGGGGUACCAAGGCCAAGGGAGUCAGGGCCAAGGGUACCAAGGCCAGGGCUAUCAAGGCAAGGGGUAUCAAGGCCAGGGGGAUCAGGGAAGUCAGCGGUAUGGAAGACCCCGCUUUGACUGGAGGACGGCCAUCUGUCAACAUUGUGACCAGCAAGGCCACACUAUAAGGUUCUGUAAUAUAAGACGGGAAGAUGAGAGAAGCGGGCUGAUUUCCUCUACUAUGGAUGGGGAUAUCUACGAUCAAUUUGGGGAGGCCAUUGACAGAAGGCUUGGAGGAGUGAGAGUUGAAGCCCAACGAAGAGUGGCAGCGGGACCACCGCCCCCUGCCAUGUUCAGGCUAUGGCAGGAAAAGGAGGAACCACUGUUUAGGGUGGAAGAAAUGGGAAGUAAUGAGGAAGUGACUCAAUGGCUACGAGGAGGAAGUGAGACAGAAGAGACCAUAAUCAUCGAGUCAGAUGACAAGGAGGAGGAGGAAAGAACGGAGUCUCCGUCCGUCUUAUUUGAGAAGAUGAAGGACUUGCUGGAUAAGAUGGGGAGGUACCGACAGAAGUUGGUGGGCCUCUGUAAAGAAGUGAAAGGAUGGAGGUCUAACAUCCCCACAAUAUUCCUCUAUGACUCUGGCCCGGAGUCAUCGCCUGGGCGACCCGGAGUAAAUGUGGUAGGGUCGUGCCCUCAAGCAGGGAUAAGGGGGAGACCCCUCACUCCGCAAGCCCGGCUGGCACAGGCAGCGCGAACGAGGAAUCGAGCCAAGGCCAGUACCAGCCAAGAGCCUCCAAGGGGGGAACACGAACCAGGGAGAAGGAAGGAGGCUGUGGAAGUAACGGGCGACGAUGACGAAGAGGAAGAGGACGAGAGGCUGCGCGGAGAAGAGGAUCAGAGAGCGGAGCAGCGGGCAAGGAAAAAGGGGAUCAGGGGAGAGGCCGAACCGGUCAUACAGGACGGACCGCCCAAGAAGAAGAAAUACGCGGUCCGGUUGGAAGAAGGAUUUGACGUAGAGAAGGUGAUUGAUCGGCUGCUGGAAGGGCAUAAUGACCUCAUGACCAUGAAGGAAAUCCUAGCGAACCGGCCUAAUCCAGGAUCAUUCACAAUCGAGGAGUCGGAAGGGGAGCGCAGAAGGCUCUGGGCAGAGCCCGAAGUAGGAGAGAGGGUGGAAGCAUUUUCCCUCAGCCUGUCAGAUGUUGGGAAGGCCAUGGACCUGGUGGCCGCGCAUGAGAUGGCAGAUCCGGAUGCCAUCCAGGCCUUGAGGGAACAAGUUCUGGAAUGCCCUGAGGCAGGAAGGUUGAAACUGGUAUAUCGGCUCCCAGGCAUUGGAGGGAACCCCGUAUCAGUGCAAACACAAUCCGAAGGGGAGGCGGUGGAGAAUACGCCCCUAGUUGAUGGAUUUCUGGAUCAGGAAGAAGAUGUUCGUCUUCAUAUCAACAAGUGGUCGCCGCGAGCGCCUAGCUGUGUAGGUUAUCCUAUCUGGCAAGCGCCGAAGGGGUAUGAAAGGAGGAAUGAUUUAGUCCUUAAGCCCUUUAAAGAAGAGGAUCCCUGGGGCGGUAAGGAUGUUCAGUGGAUGAUGGAAUUAGCGCUGGCCAGCUCGCAUAGCCUGGUGGAGGAUAUGAGAACGAUUGAGGAAGGACCUGGCCAGAUAGAACGGCAUGAGGACCUGAUGGGAGGAAUGUAUCUCCUCGUCAGCACGCUAUUGCAGGAAGGCCUCGACCAGUCAGGCUCGUUGAACUCGACAGGAAAUGUGGACGAAGUGUCCGAGAGCCAGGACGACGAGUUCGAGGAAGGAGAAAUUAAGGAAACUUUUCGUGCGGAGGAGUACGACGGGAUCUACCUAGAGCUGGGGCUUCUUCUGUCAUGUGAAAUGCGGCUAAGAGAUGCGAGCGAUAGGGCUCAAAGGAUGCUGCAGCGCUACUUAGUACGAGACGGUCACCUUUUCGUGAGAAGGGAAGUGGGGAAUCCCAGGAGGGUCGUCUGCGGUAGGAAUCGUCAGAUCGACGUCGUAGCAGCACUACACGAUGGCAUUGCAGGAGGGCAUCGAGGGGUACAAGCCACGUAUGCCAAGAUAAGUGAGCUGUACUACUGGGAUGGAAUGAUGGACAUGGUCGGGAAAUUCUGUCGAUCUUGCGUACCCUGUCAGGAGAGAUCCCGUUUAAGGCAGAGAGAGCCGCUGCAUCCAAGGUUAGAGCGAGAGGUAGGGGCCGUAGUGCAUUUCGAUCUGCUUUUUAUGCCACUUGGGGAUCAAGGCUAUAACUAUAUCUUCGAUGCGCGCGAUAACCUGUCUGGGUUCGUAGACGGGCGUGCUAUUCGCACAAAGACCGGGUCAGUCCUGGUGAGCUGCAUCGAGGAGUACUACCUGCGUUAUCCUUUCGUCAGGGAAUUCGUAAUGGACAGGGGAUCAGAGUUUACCUGUUAGGAGGUGCAAGAACUGUUAUCAAGGUAUGGUGUGGCAGCCAACUACACCACGGCCGCGCACCCCCAGGCAAAUGCUCCCGUAGACAGAGGACAUAGUACCAUUACGAAUCUCCUGGCCAAAUGGACCGAAGGUAGGCCUAAUCAAUGACCAAUAUACCUAAGGGCGGCUUUCUUUGUCGAGAACAUUACAGUAAAGAGAUCCACCAAGU